GCCUGCUGCAGUGCGGGCUUCGCUGAAGACCGCAUCAAGGGUGCAAAGGGGGCGCUAAUGAGCACACUUCGAAGCGUAAAAAUGACAGAUUGGACACCCUACAGACUCGUAGACUAAGCGAGUAUGCGCAAUUUAAGGCCACGAGAUCGAAAGUCCACAUGAAGUGCGCCAUUUCGGACAGGGCCAAUCUGUAGCAGAGGGAAGCAGUGGAGACAGACUCUGUAUUACACCAGCUGGUCAUUUCGCACACUGACACCAUAAAUCUCCAUCAGUAUAAAAGUCUCUUUGUAUGGCUUUAAGGUGGCUGUUACUGACUAACGCUCAAAGAUCAAACACUGAAAUAUUUGACUCAACAUGAAACGGUUCACUUUACUCUUCAUUGCCUUUUUAUCCAUCAACGAUGUGUUUGGUGAUGAAGUGAAGUCAGUGUCGGUGAUGGUGGGAGAUUCUGUUACUCUACACACUGAUAUUACUGAAAUACAGACAAAUGAUUUAAUAGAUUGGAGGUUUGGUGAGAAUGAGAAACGCAUAGCUCAAAUAAACCGUGAGGCCAAUUUGAUUUCAGUUUAUGAUGAUGUACUUGAUGGGAGAUUCAGAGACAGAUUGAAGCUGAACACUGAGACUGGAGAUCUCACCAUCACAAACAUCAAUACUCAACACACUGGAGAUUAUAAACUAGAGUUUUCCAGAGUAAGGAUUACAAGAAAAACAUUCAGAGUUAGUGUGAUUGAUGUUGAUACAGAUGAGAUGAAGUCAGUGUCAGUGAUGGAUGGAGAUUCUGUUACUUUACUCACUGAUGUUCUUGAUAUUAAGACAUAUGAUGUGAUACGGUGGAGGUUUCAACAUGAAAACUCUCCUCUAGCUGUACUUAACAGAAACACUGCUUUCUUCUCUACAUAUGAUGAUGCUUAUGAUGGGAGAUUCAGAGACAAACUGCAGCUAAAUGUUCAGACUGGAUCUCUCAUCAUCACAAACAUCACAACUCAACACACUGGACUUUAUGAAGUAGAUCUCAGCAGCACCAGUGGUAGUUAUACCAUACGUCAAUCAUUCACAGUUACUGUCAGUGGUAAAGUGACGACAGUGUCAGUGAUAAAUGGAGAUUGGGUCACUUUAAAGACUUAUUCUGAAAUACAGACCUAUGAUCUGAUACAGUGGAUGUUUGCAUCUGAUGAUGACACACGGAUAGCUGAAAUAAAUAAACCAGACUAUCUUUACAAUACAUAUGUUGGGUAUGACGGGAGAUUCAGAAACAGACUGAAGCUGAAUGAUCAGACUGGAGAUCUCACCAUCAUAAACAUCAGAUCUGAAGAUGCUGGGCUUUAUGAACUGAAGAUGAGCAGCAGUAGACGAUCCAUUCAGAGGAGAUUCAGUGUUCAUGUCAGUGAAAGAGGUCUGUCUUCAUAUGUUGGAUUAUGUGCUGUUGUGGUGGUUAUUGUUGCUUUAACAGCUGCUGGUGUGUUUUACUAUCGCCACAGGUUUCCUAAAGCAACAAUACAAACAGUGAUUAAGGGCCAUUUUGUCCGUCUAAAGACUGAUGUUCAUAACAUAAAGACAGAUGAUGUGAUCGAGUGGAGGUUUAUACCUGGUACUUUUCAAAAGACCCUCAUAGCUAAAAUCCAGAAUAACAACAAAACCGUUGUUAAGAGAUUCAGCAAAAAUGCAGAUCUGAACAAAAGGACCGGAUCUCUCUACAUCUCAAAAAUCACAACUGAUCACUCUGGACUUUAUGAACUAAAAAUAACCAUUGAUGGAAAAACCUCAUACAAGAGAUUCAGAGUCAUUGUCACUGAAAAAAAUGUCUCUUUGAAGAAAAAGAAACGAACGAUGUCAGAGUAACAGGAUGAGCAUCAUGAACGCACAAGCAACUUUUAGCUUAUAUGAGCAUCAACAAACAUAUACCUGCUCAUAAACUUAUAAUUCAUAAAUUAUAUUUUGUUAUAUAUUUUGCAAGAUAUAGACAAUGUGUACUGAAUGUAAUAUUUGCUGUUUCACAUUCAUUUCUUUCACAGUAUUAUAUUUGAAUAUAUGCUUAAUAUCUGCUGAAAUGGAUGGAUUAUUUAAAGGGGACAUAUUAUGAAAAUCUGACUUUUUCCAUGUUUAACUGCUAUAAUUGUGUCCCCAGUGCUUCUAUCAACCUAGAAAAUGUGAAAAAGAUCAACCCAGUAACUUAGUUUUGGUAAACCAUUCUUUCCAAGCAUGUGAAAAAAUAGGUCAUUGUAAUUUGGCUCCUAUAGUGAUGUCAGAAUAAGGUAAUACCGCCCCCUUUAUCUGCACUAUCCAACCACAGCACUGCCAUUUAGUUCAAAGAGAAAGAGAAAGAAAAGAAGGACUUGACAGCACAAUUGAGUUUCAAUUACAACAAACCACCAUCAUUGUGAUCAGUGUUUGCACUUCAGCCGCUCAUUUGCAUUUUAAAUGACACACCCAAACGGCACAAUUUUGCUCGGACCUAGAUUAAGACUUAGUUUACAUCUUAAAAAAAAUCUCAUAAUAUGUCCCCUUUAAGUAGAUGUGUGUGCCAUUUAGUCUAAAUGAUAUUAAAUCUUGAGGUCAUAAAACAGUGUGUUUCUAUUAAAACGGUCUGAUGUCUUCCCUGUUAUCUUACGCCCUCGAGUUCUGAUUGUUAAGUGUGUUGUGAUUCAAUAGCAGCUUGGCUUGCCAUUAGCUUAGCUUGCGACUGACGUAUUCCUGUGGGCGGAGUUUAGUAAAAAAAACUGUUCGAGUGACAUCAUUAAAGCAGGAAGUAGAGGGCUGUAGUCCAAACCGUCCAUUCGCUGUAGGCUUUGAAUUCUGUUAAAGAAAAUAUAUCGCCUGGCAGUGAACUUUGACCUUUAUAGGUAUUAUUUAUGCUAUUAUAGCAACAUUACACAAUAACUAGGGUUUAAAAAAUGGGACCAGGAAGAAUGUGACCUUUAAAGUCUUAUUGCUUUAAAAUGAUUGAUUUAUUCAUCAGUUGAUACUUUAAGUCAUCAGACUUCACCUUUGACUUUUAUAACACAGACCUUUGUGAGAUAAUGAAUGUAGACACAGUUGGCUAGUACAGAAUAAAUAUAAUUCAUAAAUAUAAACAGAUGCUAUGUACACCUGUGCAAAUUCAAUAAAUGUUAAAUAAAUAGUUGCAGCUUCUAAAGCAGAAAAAAAACUUCAGUAAAAUUCAGCAUUGGUUGCAAGGUCAAAAAGUGAUUAUUAUAUAGCCUAGACAUUCAUGCAUUUGUGUUUGAAUAUUAACCUUCAACAUUAUAUCACAAAGUUCACUGUGAUAGCACUUUGUGUAAAAUUGAAGCUGGACAGGAAAAAAGUGACUUACAGUUCCCACCACUCAAAUAAACAAACCAAUACACCCACAAACAUCAACUAACAGACAAACACACAUCUCACGUCCACCAACACAACAAAACCACAUUACUUUCCACACCUAUUGAAUGAUGUUAUCAUGCAGAAAACAAGUUUUAAUUUUCUUACAAAACUAAACCAAAUGAUAUAAAUAUUUGUGAUACUUUUCAGGUGAAACUUGUUUAGCCUUGCAUUUGUUUAUCUGUCAAACAUGCAGGUUUUCACAAACAUGUGUUUUCACUUAUGACUUAUUAAACUAGUUUAAUGCAGGAUGAUCAGAUGAGUUUUAGAGAGAUGACGUGUGUGUGAAACUGAUGGUGGUCUUGUUCGGUUGUUAAAUGCAACGGAAGUCAUCAGCAUCGACCACAUCACGCUCAUAUUGUCUUUAAGACUUUUACAGACCCCUGAAGUGAUGAAGAAAAUGUUUCUCAUGUUUGUUUUUCUCUGUUUGUGCUCCUGCUGUCUGAUGGGUGAGUUAUACAUGUUUUAUCAUUUAUAGAUCAGAUUUAUAUUUAUUUCUGUUUCCAGAUGAAUUAUUUAAAAUCUGUUUGUGUGUGCAGGUGUGUUUGGUGUUGAAGUGAAGUCAGUGUCAGUGAUGGAGGGAGAUUCUGUUACUCUAGACACUGAAUCUGAAAUACAGAGAGAUGAUCUGAUAGUGUGGAGAUUUGGACCUGGAAAUUCUCUCAUAGCAAGAAUCAAUGGAGAGUCUAAAGAGAUCUCAAUAUAUGUUGAUAUUCUUGAUGGGAGAUUCAGAGACAGACUGCAGGUGAAUGAUCAGACUGGAGAUCUCAUCAUCACAAACAUCAAUACUGAAGACUCUGGACUUUAUCAAAUAUUCAUCAGCGGCAAACAAAAGAUCUCAUACAGAUUAAAUGUUACUGUCUAUGCUCUGCCCGUUCCUGUCAUCUCUAGUUACUGUCCACAAAACUCUUCAUUAAUCUCAAACUGUAUGUUGUUGUGUUCAGUGUUGAAUGUGAGAGAUGUGAGUCUGUCCUGGUACAAAGGAAACAGUUUAUUGUCCAUCAUCAGUGUGUCUGAUCUCAACAUCAGACUCUCUCUACCUCUGGAGGUUGAAUAUCAGGAUACAAACACAUACAGAUGUGUGCUCAACAAUCCAUUCAGAAACCAAACUCAACAUCUUAACAUCACUCAACUCUGUCAGACGUGUUCAGAUUGUGUUUGCUGUUGUCAUGUUUCUGAAGCUGUGAUCCGAUUGGUGGUCUCUGCUCUGGUGGGUGUGGCUACUGUUGCUGUUCUGGUUUAUGACAUCACGUCUAGCAGAACUAAACUGAAGAAAAGAUCACAGACACCAUCAGACCGUCACUGAUCAACUCAACAUUCUCACAUUAGGUGGCUUUAAAUGUUUGAGUUCACAUUUCUGUUUUCUAACAACUGAAGCAAGUCUUGGGAUGAAAUGUAUAAAUGUUUUCAUCUGUACUGUAUGUGCUAAUAAACUGAUUCUUGUGGUUAAAUUGAACUUGUA